AUGGCUUCCACCACAGCCGCCGAGGCUCCCAAGAAGGAGAAGAAGGAGAAGAAAGACAAGAAGGAAAAGAAGGAGAAGAAGUCCAAGAGGUCCAAGACCGAGUCCGAAACCCCCGCCGACGAGCCAACCACCACCGCCGCCGCCGAAGAAACCCCCAAAUCCUCGAAAGAGUCGUCCAAGAAACGCAAGCGCUCCGCACUCCCCGAAGAUGGCGAGCUAGAAGUCGACAUUACCGCGCCGGAGCCGCUGUCCAAGCGCGAGCAGCGACUCGCCAAGAAGGGCAAGCUGGAUCCCUCCACCAAAGCCGCCAAAGCCGCCAAAGCCGCCAAGCCCUCCGAGUCCGAGUCGGACGGCAGUGACAAGGAAGAUGGAGACGAAGACGCGGCUGAUGCGAAGAAAAGGCCACAGAGAGAGAAGAAGGAGAAGUCGCCGCAUGGCGUCUGGAUCGGCAACCUGCCGUGGUCCGCCACGCGCGACACCAUACGCGAAUUCUUCGACAAGCAUGCCGGCAUCGCCGGCGAGCGCAUCACCCGCAUCCACAUGCCCGCGCCAGACAAGGCUGCGGUUGCGAACAUGCGGUUCAAGCCGCACAACAGGGGCUUCGCUUACGUCGACUUUGACGGUGCGGACGCGGUCAAGGCGGCGAUUGAGGCCUCGGAGACGCUGAUCAGCGGUCGUGCAUGUCUGAUCAAGGACGCAAGCAACUUUGAGGGCAGGCCGCAAAAGAAGGAAGGGGAGGCCGACGCCGAUGGCUUCACCAAGUUCAGCAAGACGGCGGCCGUGCAGGCUGGUGGAGGCAAGGAGCCGAAUAAGCGCGUCUUCGUGGGCAACCUGAGCUUCGAUGCUACCAGGGAUGACCUGAUCGCGCACUACAGCAAAUGCGGCGAGGUUGCGGAUGUCUUCAUGGCGACGUUCCAAGAUACUGGAAAGUGCAAGGGCUACGCGUGGGUUACGUUCGAGACGCUAGAUGCUGCUGCCGCCGCUGUGGCAGGAUACGUUAUGAUACCCGGAGAUGAUGACAGCGAUGAGGAGAUGGAGGAUGCGGACAACGCCGAUGGCGCGGGAGAGAAGAAGAAAAAGAAGAAGAAGAAGGCGCGAAAGUGGUUUGUCAACAGACUGGAAGGCCGAGAGUUGCGCGUCGAAUACGCCGAAGAUGCCUCGACGAGGUACCGGAAGCGGUAUGGUAAAGAGAGGGAGACUGGCAAUGCUGGUGCUGGCGACGAGCAGCUUGGCGAAGUGGAUGCUCCGAGGCAGCACCCGAAGAGUCGGAGGGAGCCUCGCAAGGUCGACGCCCGCAAUAUCAGGUCGGGAGCAGCGCUAGCGAAUGCACCAAGGGCAUCGGCUGCCAUUGUCGAGGCACAGGGCAAGAAGAUCACUUUCGAUUAA